CUGGAGCUCUCCCGGGGAGCCUGUUCAAUGCCUGACGACCCUCUGGAGUUAAAACCCUUUUCUAGCAUCCAAGGAAAAAGUGGAGCAGGGUUAUCCAAAGUGUCUUUCUCCUGCUGUGGCAGUGGUGCUAGGGCAGCUCAUAGCUGUGGCUGAGCCCCUUUUCCUCAUGUAGCACUCCUGACCUGGGAUACUUCACAACAGGGGGUUUUAUACCAGGAUUUAAAAAACUGUGAGCUGCAAACAACACCUCCAAUCCUGAUUCUCAGGCCUCCAGGUGGGGAUGGAGCUCUGCAGCCCAGCCAGUUAGAAGAUCAAGGGUGACACACUGACGGGAGAACGGGAAGGGGCCCUGCAGGGAGCUCUGCCUGCUCCAGGGUGAGAUUUGGCAGCUCUCAGUCACAGUCUGUCAGAGCAUUGUGGGCCCCCGUGGGAGCCAGGAGCAGCUUGUGGUGGACCUGUUGUGCUCGUGCCAUCUUAUGGUCGUGCCAGGGCUUCGCUGUGUGCUCAGGCAAGGUGAUGGACAGCAGGGGGGAGAUGGAGGUGGUGAGGAGCACCAAGGGCAGUGCAGCUGGGGAGGUCAGUGUCCACGUGGUCACCACCGAGAGCACUGUGCAGAGCACCCACCUGCCCACCACUGCCUUCAUCAUACCAGCAAACGCCACUGCCAUCAACCUUCCCACGAGCACCUUAGAAAUCCAGCGAUUCCCUCGGGAGCCCCAGAGAAGCACAGGGGCUGAGAGGCCAGACAGGGGAGGAGGGAAUGAACCCAUCACAGCUGCUGUCAUUCCCCAGAUCAGCGGGGUGCAGACCUGCAGCACAGUCCGUGUGCUGGAGUGGAAAGAUGGGGUGGCAACUUUGCCUGGGAGUAACCUGCGGUUCCGGAUAAAUGAGUACGGCACGCUGAAGGUGGUGAGUGCUGAUAAGAUGCCUCCCGUGGAAGCUGUGAAGGAGGGUCACACAGAGAAAGAUGGGGACUCCGAGGUGGCACCCCCCAGCAGAGACAAUCCUACUGUGGCUCAGGACGUGCCGGAGCAGCCCACGGCAGAAGGCCUGUGCCAUUGCGAUACCUGUGGCCGCAGACACAUGUGGGACGGGGCCCGGGAGGGCAGGGGCUUCUGCAGCGAGCACUGCCACCAGCAGUUCAAAGAGAGGUCUGUCAUUGUGGAAAAUUCUGCCAGCAGCACCAAUGCCACUGAAAUCCUCAAGCCUGUGAAGAAACGAAAGAGGAAGGACUAUCAGAGCCCCUCGGAGGAAGAAUAUGAAUCUGAACAAAUGGAGGAAAAGCAGGAAGAGAAGAAAAGCUCUGUGGAAGACUCUGCCAUGAGCAAUCUGGAGGCUGAGGCGUGGAACGGGAGCCAGCACGGUGCCAGUGAGGAGAAGAAAGAAGGCUGGUCUUGGGCGUCCUACUUGGAGGAGCAGAAAGCUGUCGCUGCCCCUUUAGAUCUCUUCCAGGAUUACCAAGUAGCUUCCCAGCACAAAAAUGGCUUUAAAGUGGGGAUGAAGCUGGAGGGGAUCGACCCGCAGCACCCAUCUAUGUACUUCAUCCUGACAGUGGCUGAGGUGUGUGGCUACCGGAUGCGUCUCCACUUUGAUGGCUACUCCGAGUGCCACGACUUCUGGCUGAAUGCUGACUCCCCCGACAUCCACCCUGCUGGCUGGUUUGAGGAGACGGGGCACAAACUCCAGCCCCCCAAAGGGGUUGUAGGUUAUAAAGAAGAAGAAUUCAGCUGGACAAACUACCUGAAGUUAACAAAGGCUCAGGCAGCUCCUAAGCACCUCUUCAUGGUCCGAAACACUCAUGAGGCUUCUCCAGGCUUCAAGGUGGGCAUGAAGCUCGAAGCCGUGGACCGCAUGAACCCUUCCCUGAUCUGUGUUGCCACAGUGACUGACGUGGUGGACAAUCGCUUUCUGGUGCACUUUGACAACUGGGAUGAUACUUAUGACUACUGGUGUGAUCCCAGCAGUCCAUACAUCCACCCAGUUGGAUGGUGUCAUGAGCACGGCAAACCCCUCACACCUCCUCAAGAUUAUCCUGAUCCUGACAACUUCACCUGGGAAAAGUACUUGAAAGAAACUGGAGCAUCUGCUGUCCCAGCUUGGGCCUUUAAAGUGCGCCCGCCCCAUGGCUUCCUGGUCAACAUGAAGCUGGAGGCAGUGGACAGGAGGACUCCUUCCUUCAUCCGAGUGGCCAGUGUGGAGGACGUGGAAGAUCACAGGAUAAAGGUCCACUUUGAUGGCUGGAGCCACGUGUAUGAUUUCUGGAUUGAUGCGGAUCAUCCGGACAUCCAUCCCAUGGGCUGGUGCUCAAAAACAGGACACCCAUUGCAGCCUCCUCUCAGGCCAAAGGAACCAGCCUCCUCUGCCCAUGGGGGCUGCCCGAGCCUUGGCUGCAAGACCAUCCCUCACUCCAAGAGCUCCAAGUACAGCUUUCACCACAGGAAGUGCCCCACACCAGGCUGCGAUGGCUCAGGCCAUGUGACGGGGAGGUUCACAGCCCAUUACUGCCUCUCAGGGUGCCCGCUGGCAGAGAAGAACCAGGGCAGGCUGAAGGCUGACUUGUCUGACACCGAGGCCUCGACACGCAAGAGGAGCCCAAUGGGUUUCCCUCAGCGAAAGAAAUCUCGGCACCAUGGAAGAGGGAGGCCUCCAAAGUACCGGAAGAUCCAGCAGGAAGACUUCCAGACUAUUUCUUCAGACAAUGUGCACCAGUCACUCUUCAUGUCCGCCCUGUCCGCCCACCCCGACCGCGCCCUGUCCCUGUGCUGGGAGCAGCACUGCAAGCUGCUGCCGGGGGUGGCUGGCAUCACAGCAGCCACGGUGGCCAAGUGGACCAUUGAUGAGGUUUUUAGCUUUGUGCAGACUCUGACAGGCUGUGAGGACCAAGCCAAGCUCUUCAAGGAUGAGAUGAUCGAUGGUGAGGCGUUCCUCUUGCUGACACAGGCUGACAUCGUCAAGAUUAUGAAUGUGAAGCUGGGUCCGGCACUCAAGAUCUACAAUGCCAUCCUCAUGUUCAAGAACGCUGAUGACACCUUAAAGUGACUUCUCUUGGCCCAACCGGGACCCUCCCUCCUCACUGGUGCUGCCAAACUAUCCAGUCAGGACAAAGAUUCCCCCAGCCGACCGCAGCUUGUCACAUCCUGCUCGUGUCCGCCUGGAUGCCACAUCUCCCCUCUCCCACCAGUCCAUCUCCCAUCCUGUUCCUUGCACGCUGCCCUUCUGCAGCGCUGGGCCCAGGCUGGCCGCAGGCCUCGGGGGCGGUGGCAGGGAAGGAGGGAGGAUGUGGCACUGGCCCAUCUUAGUGCCACAGCUGCCCCCACUGUGUCCUGCUGUGCCUGCACUGGGUCAGGAGUGCUGAGGGCCGGGGGAGCAUUGUGGAGGGUGUCACAGCAGGGGACUGACACCUGCUCAAGUCACCCAGGCAUGGCAAGGGACUGACUGCCUGCAUCCAUGCUCACACCCACUUAAAGGCUGCUCUUGCCUUUGCUCAGCAGCUGAGAGAGAUUUGGGAUUUUUCCCUCUGUAUGAUCCUCUGGGAGUACUUGUGCUAACACCAUUUCCAAGGGACAUUCUUGAGGAGCUUCUGCUCAUUUUGCCUUUUUCUCUGAAUUCUUUUGAUUUUCCCUUUUUAAGGCCAGUUGAUGACUGCUUUGCCCCUGCACUGCACUGCAAACCAGUGGCCACCUCUUGCCCCUUCACAGAGCAGCUGUCCUGGCAGCUGCUCUGCUUACGACCAGCACCUGUGCUUUCUUCCUCUUUCCUGAAAUUCAACAGCCUCAGGGCCCUGUCAGGCCAGGGCUGGCUGGGUGCAGAAAAGGCUUCAUUUCUUCUUGCGCUUCAGACUGUUUGGUCCAGCACUUCUCUGGGAGAAAGGAUGCUUGGAUAGCUUGUUCCCCUUGCACCUAUUGAAGAGCCCUCUACAAAGGAA